AUGGGUAGCAGUUACAUAUUAUACAAUAGAAUACGAUCCACAGUUCUCGAGGUUUCUAUAGAAGUUUUUGCUGAAAUUCCUUCUGCAUCAGAUGUCAUUGAGUCUUUUCCGGGUGAUGGGUUCUUUAGGGCGAGAUAUGAUAGUUGCCAAUACAUAGCAUACCCAACUGGUGGACUUAAGGUUACUGGAAUUCUCUAA